AUGACAUUCACCUACCCGUCAAAGAACUUCUAUCGUUAUGUCACUGCGUGCUCGUGGGCAUUCUUUGGAGGGUUCAAUGACGGUGCUGUCGGGGUGCUCUUGCCAUACAUUCAAAUGCAAUACCAUCUCUCGUACUCCAAGGGCGCAUUGGUGUGGCUUUCGACCUCUAUAGGCUACAUCUUGGUGGCCUGUUUCGCCAACCGCAUCCACCAGACGUUUGGAAGAAAAUCGCUCGCUAUUGGGUGCUUGUCGUCGGUGAUUAUGGCCAUUCUCGUCUCCACGGGUGUCAAUUAUCCCGUGGUGGUGUUUGGAUUCUUUUUCAGCGGUAUUGGAACCGGAAUCGUGGUUUCGCAACUCAACGUAUUCGUCAGUGGUUUUGAUAAUUCUUCCGUAGCUUUGGGAUAUUUCCAUGGAAUUUAUGGAUUGGGAGCAUCAGUGUCACCAUUAAUUGCUACCACCUUCGUUGACGCUGGAGUUAGGUGGCAUUAUUUCUAUAUUAUAUUGGCAGUUGCCAUGUUUGGGUGUGCCGUGAAUUCGUACUUUUCAUUUGCCCACGGCGAAGAUCAGCUUAAGCAAUUCGAACCUCCAGAAACCGAAGCAGUGGUCGACUCCCAGAACUUGAUGAAGGCAGCACUCAAGAACAAAGUCACUUGGAUAAAUUCUUUAUUUGUCUUGUUCUACCAGGGAGGUGAGGUAGCAAUGGGUGGUUGGACCACCACCUACCUUCGUGAUUACAGACACCACACCAGGGCCUCGAUCGGAUACGUUACCUCGGGUUACUGGUUCGGUUUGACCUUGGGCAGAAUUUUCUUGACCAACAUAAUGCACAGAUGGAUUGGUGCGAGAAGAGGCAAUGGCAUUCUUGCAGUGUGUUCCAUUUUGUUUGUGCUUCUCACCUGGGUGAUUCCUACCUUGGGUGUAGAAAUUGCAACAAUCACCUUAAGUGGUAUUUUCAUCGGUCCUAUUUAUCCCUUGAUGAUUACUUACGUUGCCCUGGAGGGAUUAAUCCCCAGAAAAAUUCAGGUGGUUUCUUUGACCAUCACAUCAGCAUUUGGCUCCUCAGGUGGUGCCUUAUUCCCAUUUAUUGUCGGCUUGAUCUCUCAAUUUGCCGGGGCCUAUGUCUUAUUACCAUCUUUUAUUGCCAUGUUCUCCAUUAUGUUGGUACUCUGGUUGUCUUUGCCCAACGUCGCUUAUAGAGGCCAAGACAAGGGUAUGGCUCAUUACAUUAAAAGAAUCUGGUAA